CGCAUUACUACCUAUUCCUAGUAUCAAUCCAUAUAUGCUCUACCUGCUUUUUUUUUCUUUACAGAUGCAGGAUGUCAAUCUAAUGUAAAUACCUGUGUCCACCACGACGGCUGCUUCAUCCUCUGUGCUUAUCCGGUCAUGGUGGAGACGUGUGAGCCCGUCACCGCAGCGGACGUCGUGUUGGACAGCGCCUCGUCUGAAGCCCUUUCUGAGAAAGGCUUCGUCACAGAUGCUUCUUCAGCUAUACAUUUGGGAACAAAUAACAACAAUUUAUGCCAGUAAGUGUAAGUAUCUAACUACGUCUAGUAGUUUUGCUUUGCCGGUUGUUCGGUACGACCACUUGAGACGCAAUGAUGAGGUUUGAGGAUUGCUGUGCAUCUUCAAACUCAUCCGCACGCAUACUACAGGGGAUCGUCUUCUCAAGCAAUACUGUAGAGAUGUUGAAAGAGGACAUCGGAUACGAGAUGGAGAUGAAUACUCGCAAGCACACUUCUAAAUUAUAACGACCACGCGCAGGAACGAAACGGCCCAACGAAGACUUUCGUCUGGACAACAGAUGCCGGGAUUUUGCCACUUGCAGUUGCAACUGAGCAGGCAUCGCGACCGCAGGCUGUGGGCUUCGACGCGGUCUUCGGUGCACCAUUUGAGUCAGCGUGCGCGAGUCAGGCAGACGACGUCAUAUGGGCGGACGAUUUCUUUGCGGGGGUGUCAAAGCCUCUGGGGGCGCCGCCAGAGGGUACUUGUUAUACUCGAAAUGAAGUUUGUUCGGACGUGCCUCACUUUUUUGACGCUGGAGAGUAGUGGAAGAAACCGUUUUCCGCGACAUAUUGUUGUAUGGCCAUCGAACGUCACCCUUGCAAACAGAGCAAUCAAAAGGCUGUUCAAGGACCUCUCCAACCUGAAGAGUAUAACUUCUAUGGAACACAAACAUGCUAUUGAUACAGGAUGAGCGCUUGAAUGAAUUAUACGAGCGAGAAAAGCGUUCCAAAAAUACUACCUGCUCAGCCCAUUACCUGGCGGAAGCGUGUCUCCGAAGUGCCGCCGAAAUAGCGAAGCUUCACGUGAGCGCAGCUCUAGCCUGCGGCUUCAAUGGUGCAAUUAGUACUGACCUAGUUCUGUCUCCUCUGCAUCCGGCAAUCGCAGAAGGUGCUGUGGCGAGUGUUGCUUUUGAACAACCUGGCCCUCAAGACGGCGCAGCUGCCUCAUCAUCGGGUCCGCAUGUCUAUUACGCGGCACCGCCAUUAUCGUCCAGUUGGAGCACGAGCAUAACGGGUUUCCACUUCGAUGCACGCGCGUUUCUACGCGCUCACGGGGAAAUGCUUGCGUUCACUGAAAUGAUGAAAGCGCUAGAUCAAUGGAUACUGAACGAAAAUAGCACGCUACUAGCUUGCGGAGACGCUGAUAGUAAUCACGGCAGCUGCCCAUUUCAUUUUGUUAUUCAUUGUAAAUAUGAGCAGAAUGAGUAUGAGCCGGAACCGUAGCUCUUCCUUUCAUCUGCAUUUCAGAUUCGAAAGCAAAUUAUGUCUUGGUGUGGCAUCCGCUUGAAAUAGAGAUACGACGGCCGUUGAAUGGAGAUGAUUCUUGGGGUAUGCAGUUCUACUCAUCUGGAGGCGCACCAACUUUUCUAGCUAGUACUUGUGACCACUGCGUCGACUCCUGACAUGAUUUACCAGAUACACCAACAUCGCCUGAAGAUUUUUUACAUCGCAAAUUCUUUUUGAGACCGCAACCGGUUCCUUACUUCACCGGCUUAUAUGAGGGGGCUGGAGGCCUUUUGUCGGAAUUCUCGCGAAAAGAGUUGUCGGCAAACGCGCUCGUCGCUGAGAUUCUCAACUUGUUGUCCCGCAAUUUGCCAAGGGCAACCGAGAAGGACGGCGACGGCGAUGCUGCCUCUCUGGGGGGCGAUGGGGCGGAACAAUUGCAAGAUACGAAUGAUAGAAGUAUCAAGGGUGCAUCGGCCACUAUUAUCGAUACGGAGCGUGCAGCUGUUGUGGCCGCGUUGACAAACGUGCCCGGCGCAGCUGCUUUGGCAGACGUAAAAGAACAGAUUGCCAAAAAGCAGCAUGAGGUCGUUGACGCUCGUAGGGAGGUCGUGGAAGCUGAGAAAGCACUAGAGAAUUGCAACCCCUACGAAGAUGAUGAGAUCAAGCUUCGCCGCGUAGUUUCAUGGAAAAAGGGCGCGAUGGACAUGCUCACGCAGCAUUAUGCGUUUUUGUCGUAAAAGUCGUUGUAAAAUCCACCACCAUUUUGAUGAUUUUCUACAGCGAGCUAGUAUCCACAGCUUCAUCUUCACGUUCACGUCGCUAAAAUGAGUUCUAAUGAUUAGUCUCGGAGCUGCAAGAGCAGGAGAAAGUUGCAACCGAGAAAGUGAGCGCUGCGCGACGGCGCUUGGAGCUUCAGGCGCGCAACAGGACAGCGACUUCUGCGCCGGCACCUCGGAAAGCGUUUUCUCUUUUGUCCGAUUUCUUGCUGUUUCAUGAGCCCAUUUCUGAAGCGGACAAGGCGGCGGUUCUUGCGGACGCCUCCGGCGACAGCCAAGCACCGUCGAGGAGCGCGUCCAAAGAUUCAAGUACCAUCGUUCCAGAUUCUUACUUAGCCAAAGCUGUUGGUGAUGACGUGAAUGCGAUUGGAGGAGGCGAUUCUUCUUCCGUUGAUAGCCUCCAAGAUGACCACAGAAGGGCGAAAUUCGUGCGCCAGCGCGCGUUCGUAAGGCAGGGUGUUUUCAAUCGAGUGCCGUUCGUCGUUCGCUUGUUGCCAGGGGGCGAGGCACUGCGCGAUCCAAAAUCUUUCUUGGAUGGCAUCAUGAACGGCGCCGUGGUCGUCCCAUCGUCAGCGACCUAUUCAAGAUCGAUGGGCGGUGCCCGCCAGCCCUCAAAAAGAGGCCCACAGAGUCUGCCUAAGCACGCAGUCGAGAUCUCGUUCUCGCGGAAGGCGCCACAGCGGGCUCUCCUAUCUGCCUGCAUCAAUCAGACGACUCUUGCAGCAGAUGCGCCAGAGCAAGGCAAAGUGUAUAAGCCACUUUGGUCUCAUUGCGUUGCCCCUACGUUUUUAAACGACGCGGCUCUCGGCGGGGAUGGUACAACAACUUCCGCUUACCUGUAGAAUUUACUAGUCAUUACAAACAAAGGUUGUCCUCCUUGUAGAAAACUUGAGUUCACAUCCAAUUCGUCUGCAUAGAUAUGCCUAGAUCUAGUGUCUUCCCGUCAGCCCAUUCCGAAAAACGACAGGUCUUGAGGUCGAACCUGUAGAGCAUUGGUUGAUUUUGCGGUCCUCUGGUGGUUCGCUGCGUUUUCAAGUGGGUCUCUGCGAGAACGGGAUGUUCUACGGAGUAAACUGUAACGCCCAGAGCUUUCUCAGCUAUGCUCACAAUCCGAUGGAAGUUUCGGACUUGUUACUCGAAAGUGAGGCAUUACAAUGCCUGGGACUGCUUCCUGGAUGUCUACAGGCUAAUCUUUUGAUGCGGGAAUUGCUACAGUCAUCGAGCAGCGAUGAAACAAAAAGGUGUGACGGCUCUUCUUUUGAACCUCAUGGUGGUCCUGGUCGUGAAGCAUCAUCAAUAGCGCCUUCAUCAAGUAAGAGGAAAAAUGAUGAUACUGGGAUAUCACCACUUCCGUUACUAGCGAUGUUGCAAGCGGCUCUAUACUACGAUGUGAAAAUGUGGCCUGUAUCCUUCUCUUCGCGUGCUUGGGGAGGCAUGGCAUCUCCGGUGCUACUGCAUUGCAUCCUAAAGAAGCUCCAGCUGCUGUCACCGGAGCACUCAUACGAAAGUUAUGAUCGGAAUACUACAAAGAAAAUCUUCAAGAAAGUCUCUCAUCUCGAAAAAGAACAGCCCUUUUGAACGAUGGGAACAGUGACGGAGCUGUUGAUCUCUACUGUGAUGAAUUUCCUAUGUACACCUCUUUCUAAAAAAUGGAGCAUUUCCAGUUGUUAUUGGAAACACUACGCAAGGUUCCGAAUGACAGCGGCAGCAGCCUUCAAACGCAUGUGGACCUGCUAAAGUUACGAGGAAUGUUUUUGCGUGCGACGAUUUCUAAUUUUUCUCCCGCAUCACGACCUAUGCAAACUAGUGCUUUAAACUUUUGUUGAGACGUGAAGAAAACCUACUAUGCUGGCAACUCGAGUGCUAGCUACUCGUCAACAAAUCGUUUAUAUAUCAGCAAAAAAUGACCCAUUUGAAUGAAAAUGAGAACCACCUCUCGGCAUGUGCAUGUCAGUGAUUAUUUGAGAAUGCAUAGCGUCUAGCUCUACCUCAUCUUCUAAUAAAACGAAUGGAAUUGUCGAUCUUGCACUCGACUCCGAAACGGAUGAAGCAGGUCACUGCAGAGGACUUACGGUAUGCCAUCGACACAUAUGAAACCAUGGACCUUUGCGGAGCAACGAAGUAGAACAAAAAAACAGAGAAAGUGAAUCAGACGAAUUGUCCGUGAUUUAAUAGUACUUACUCGUUACAAUAAUAUUGGUGUUGGUGCAGUAAACUCUGGAGUAAGCAGUAGAGUGUGUCUUCGUCGUGUACAGAAUCCAUGAAAUAUUCCACACUUCUUUAUGUAGUAGAAAAAAUCACCUAGAGGUAAAGGAGGCGUUAUAUGGCGGAGUAGCGAAAACGCCCGUCUACGAAAAAAAGAAUUGUCAUCAAAUGAUUAGACCACAUGUUCGUACGACUUCGUUUCCAAAAUUACUAACGAGCACCUCCAGGUUCAGUCUCUGAAUUUUUCCACGGAC